AUGGACGCUUCAGAGGAUCCUUUCGCCUAUGCGCUGAGUUCGAACCAGGCCUGGGCCGGCUACAAAGGCCACCAGAACCCAGACUUCUUCCCCAAGUUGGCUUCGGGACAAUCACCUAAUAUUCUAUGGCUAGGUUGCUCCGACUCGCGCUGCCCCGAGACGACGAUCCUGGGCCUGCAACCGGGCGAUGUGUUUGUGCACCGCAAUAUCGCCAACAUCAUAUCGCCCACCGACAUCAACACGUCGGCGGUCAUCGAAUACGCAGUAAUUUACCUAAAGGUCAAGCACGUGGUGCUAUGCGGACACUCGGCCUGCGGCGGCGCGGCGGCCGCCCUGAGCGAUGAGCGCGUCGGUGGCGUCCUCGACACCUGGCUGACGCCCCUCAAGGCCGUGCGCAAUGCCAACCGCGAGGAGCUGAUGGCGAUCUCGGACGACAAGGCGCGCGCGGUGCGCAUCGCCGAGCUGAACGUCGAGGCCGGCGCCCAGGUCCUCAUGGCGAACAUGGCCAUACAGGAGGCCAUCCGCGAUAGGGGGCUCCAGGUCCACGGCACCCUGUUUGAUAUCGGCUCGGGGCGCAUUCACGACCUGGGCUUUGGCACCGGCAAGGGCGGUUCUGGUGGUGGUGCGCUGGGCGGCGGCGGCGGCGGCGACGGUACGGCUGAGGUUGUUAAGGGCAAGCAUGCUAUGCUCGUCUUCAGGAAUGACGGCGCUGGCAUGCAGGCUCUGUAA